ACACACCACACACACCACAUACACCACACACACCGCCAGACAUCAUGCUGGAGUCUGAGACUACUGUGUUCCAGCUGCAGCCUAACAUCAUCUCUGUGCGUCUCUUCAAGAGGAAGUUAGGCGGGCUGGGCUUCCUGGUCAAGCAGCGCGUCUCCAAGCCACCGGUCAUCGUGUCCGACCUGAUCCGGGGCGGGGAGGCUGAGGAGUGCGGCCUGGUCCAGGUGGGGGACAUUGUCCUGGCCGUCAACAACAAGCCUCUGGUGGACCUCAGCUACGAGCGGGCCCUGGAGACCCUGAAGAAUGUGUCCCCAGAGAAUCACGCCGUCCUCAUCCUCAGGGGCCCUGAGGGCUUCACAACCCACCUGGAGACCACUCUGUCUGGAGACGGACGACAGAGGACCGUCAGGGUCACCCGGCCAGCCUUUCCCGCCUCCAAGUCCUACGAGCGCUGCUGUCUGUUAAGCCCCCUCAGUCCAGGGAAGGGAAGUAAGGACCCACAGCAGCUGAGGGCCAUUGAGAACCUGUCAUCCCCCUCGGUGACUCCGUCCUACAGAGAGGCCCUGCUCCAGAGGGGAGGGGUGCAGGCUCUCAUCGCUGCCCAGGACCCGCUACUCCUGAACGGGGUGGAGAAGAACAACGACUUGCUGAAGGAGAUCGAGCCGGUGCUGAGGCUGAUCAAAAGGGAGAUCAACGGAGAGGGACAGAGGACCAUAGAGAGCAGGGACGCUGAGGUGCAGGUGGACAGGGACCUUGGUAUGGGAAACGGUAUUUCACCCCAGCUGGCGUCUGAUAAGGACAGAGUGUGUGAAGACCUGUGGAGGAAGGACAACAACAUGCAGACGGUGCUCCAUAACCCUUACUCUGAGACAGACAAGCCUUCAGCCCAGGGGAGGAUCUCCCCUAACAAGGCUCUCCAGAACGGCAGCCCAUCCAAAUGCCAUCGCUUCAUGAAGAUCAAGAAUGUGGAGACUGGAGUCACGUACAAUGACACUCUACACCACAGCUCUAGUAAGUUGCCGAUCUGCACUGAGCGUGUGUGUUUCGGGUCUAUCAUGACACCAAGUCCGGGGAGCCGCAAGCCAGAUGAGUCUCGGACCAAAGAAGAGCUGCUGCCGCUGGCUACUGACUUCAUAGACCAGUACUACACCUCCAUCAAAAGGUUUGGCUCGAAGGCCCACCUUGACCGGCUGGAGGAGGCGAUGAAGGAGAUAGAGGGUUCUGGAACGUACCAGCUGAAGGACACAGAGCUGAUCUACGGAGCCAAGCACGCCUGGAGGAAUGCUUCCCGCUGUGUAGGACGCAUCCAGUGGUCCAAACUACAGGUAUUCGAUGCCAGGGACUGCACAACGGCUCACGGAAUGUACAAUUACAUCUGCAACCACAUCAAGUAUGCCACUAACAAAGGAAACCUGAGAUCUGCCAUUACCAUAUUUCCUCAGAGGACAGAUGGCAAGCAUGACUUCCGGGUGUGGAACACACAGCUGAUUCGCUAUGCCGGUUACAAGCAACCUGACGGUCAGAUUCUGGGAGACCCAGCCAACGUGGAAUUCACUGAGAUCUGUAUCCAGCAGGGCUGGAAGCCUCCCAAGGGCCGUUUCGACGUGCUGCCUCUCCUGCUGCAAUCCAACGGAAAUGACCCAGAGCUGUUUGAGAUCCCUCAAGACCUCAUUCUAGAGGUGCAGAUCACACACCCCAAGUAUGAUUGGUUCAAGGACCUGAAUCUGAAGUGGUACAGUCUGCCUGCUGUAUCUAGCAUGCUGCUAGAGGUGGGGGGGCUGGAAUUCACUGCUUGUCCCUUCAGUGGCUGGUACAUGGGCACCGAGAUCGGCGUCAGGGACUUCUGUGACAGCUCUCGCUACAACAUCCUGGAGGAAGUGGCCAAUCUGAUGGCCUUGGACACCAGGAAGACUUCUUCUCUAUGGAAGGACAAGGCACUGGUGGAGAUCAACAUAGCAGUCCUCUACAGUUUCCAGUCAUCUAAGGUAACUAUAGUGGAUCACCACUCUGCCACAGAGUCCUUUAUGAAGCACAUGGAGAAUGAGAUCAGGGCGGGGGGCUGCCCGGGGGACUGGGUCUGGAUUGUAACCCCCAUGUCUGGAAGUAUCACCCCCGUGUUCCACCAGGAGAUGCUCAACUAUCGCCUCACGCCAUCCUUCGAGUACCAGGCUGACCCAUGGAAUCACCACGUGUGGAAAGUCAACAAUGGGACACCCACCAAGAAAAGAGCCAUUGGCUUCAAGAAACUGGCCAAGGCUGUGAAGUUCUCAGCCAAGCUAAUGGGCCAAGCCAUGGCUAAGAGGGUCAAAGCUACUAUACUAUUUGCCACCGAGACUGGAAAAUCUCAAGACUAUGCAAGAACCCUGUGUGAGAUCUUCAAGCAUGCCUUUGACGCAAAGGUGAUGUCAAUGGAUGAAUACGACAUGGUGGAUCUGGAGCAUGAAACACUGGUGUUGGCCGUUACCAGUACAUUUGGCAACGGAGAUCCACCUGAAAAUGGAGAGAAAUUUGGAGCUGCCUUGAUGGAAAUGAGACAUCCUACAUCCAACACAGAGGACAGAAAGAGUUACAAGGUCCGUUUCAACAGCGUGUCGUCCUACUCAGACACCCGCAAAUCCUCCAGUGACGAACCCGAGCCCAGGGUCAACUUCGAGAGCACCGGACCCCUCGCCAACGUCAGGUUCUCAGUGUUUGGCCUUGGCUCCAGGGCCUACCCACACUUCUGUGCUUUUGCCCACGCUGUGGACACGCUGUUCGAGGAGCUGGGGGGGGAGCGCAUCCUACGCAUGGGGGAGGGAGAUGAGCUGUGUGGCCAGGAAGAGUCCUUCAGAAACUGGGCCAAGAAGGUUUUCAAGGCUGCCUGUGAUGUGUUCUGCAUCGGUGAUGUGAACAUCGAGAAGGCACACGAUUCUUUGAUCAGUAACGAUCGUAGCUGGAAGAAGAGCAGGUUCCGCCUCACAUACACAGCUGAGGCCCCUGCCCUAACACAAGCAUUAUACAGCAUCCACAAGAAGAAGAUCUAUGGAGCCAAGAUCAUACAGAGUAAAAACCUCCAGAGUUCUACAUCCAAUCGCUCCACCAUAUUUGUUAGACUCCACACAAAUAACGAGGACAGCCUGGCGUACCAGCCCGGUGACCAUCUGGGCAUCUUCCCUGGAAACCAUGAGGACCUGGUUACGGCCCUCAUAGAGAAACUAGAGGACGGUCCACCUGUCAAUCAAAUCGUUAAGGUGGAGUUCCUGGAAGAGAGGAACACAGCACUGGGUGUGAUCAGUAACUGGCUGGAGGAACCUCGGAUCCCCCCUUGCACCAUCUACCAGGCCUUCCAGUACUUCCUGGAUAUCACCACGCCCCCCAGCCCAGUCCUGCUUCAGCAGUUUGCCUCCCUGGCCACUAACGACAUGCAGAGGAAGAAGCUAGAGAUCCUCAGUAAGGGCUUGCAGGAGUAUGAGAAGUGGAAGUGGUAUAACAACCCAACCAUGGUGGAGGUGUUGGAUGAGUUUCCCUCCAUCCAAAUGCCCUCUACCCUGCUGUUAACCCAGCUACCCCUGCUCCAGCCCAGAUACUAUUCUAUCAGCUCCUCACCAGACGUUCACCCAGGGGAGAUUCACCUCACCGUGGCCGUAGUGUCAUACAAAACCAGGGAUGGAGAGGGCCCGAUCCACCAUGGAGUAUGUUCAUCAUGGCUCAACAGAAUAGAGGCAGAAGAAAUGGUCCCCUGUUUUGUCAGAGGUGCGCCUACGUUCCGAUUGCCAAAGGACCACAGAGCUCCGUGUAUCCUAGUCGGUCCAGGCACUGGGAUCGCCCCCUUCAGAAGCUUCUGGGAACAGAAACUUUUUGACUACGAACACAAAGGGAUCAAAUCCUGCCCUAUGAUCCUGGUAUUUGGAUGUCGUCAGUCCCAGAUAGACCACAUCUACAAGGAGGAGACAAUCCAGGCUAAGAACAAGGACGUGUUCAAAGAGCUGUACACAGCCUACUCCAGAGAGCCUGGCAGACCUAAGACAUAUGUGCAGGAUGUGCUUUGUGAGCAGCUAUCGGAGACUGUGUACCAGUGCCUGAAGGAAGAGGGAGGACACAUCUACGUGUGUGGGGACGUGGGUAUGGCCGGGGACGUCCUCAAGACCGUCCAGCAGAUUAUCAAACUGCAGGGAAACAUGACACUGGAGGACGCAGGGUUCUACAUCAGCAAACUCAGAGACGAAAACCGCUAUCACGAGGACAUCUUCGGUGUCACGCUGCGUACGUACGAGGUCACCAACCGGCUGCGUUCGGAAUCCAUCGCCUACAUUGAGGAAAGCAAAAAGGACUCUGACGAGGUGUUCUGCUCGUAGAACCGUAAGUGGGGUUCUGAUGUGGACCAAUCGGAAGGGCCGUACGCCGCAGGGGGGCGGGGAAACGAGUGACAGACACUACAGCUGAUCGAGAAUACUGUGCCAAGUUUUGUACUGUAAAAAAUGUUUGUUCUUUUUAUAUACCAGUUCAGCUUCAUCAUGGUCAGGCUCUGCACUUAGUCUGUAGCAAGGUUUGAAACAUUUUGUUUUUUUAGAAUUUUGAGAUGCGUUUUCUUGUUUAUUUUCCGAAAUUGAUUACUUUCUGAUUUCAUUAUGCAUCAUAAUGUGUACCUAGUAUUAUACCAGCCUCUUUGUUGAUGCAUGAGCAAGAUGAGAAUAUUGGUACAUAAAUAUACUGUUAGCUAUUUAAUGUUAGAAUCAAACCCCUUUGCUAAAGUUUUAUAUUUGCAGGACUACUUAUGGUAAACAAGGUCACAAUGCUUUGAUUGGAGAUUCAGUCUAAGGUCCAUUCCCAACCAACUGAAUCUAAUGCAUUUCAACAUAUACUGUACAAGGCUGAAAUGUUGUCAGUCUGAGCUGGUCUACCCUGUUUUGGUGUGAAUUCUUUUUUUUGAAAGGGAGAGAAAAAAAAUACAUAAAUGGGUGCAGUGAAGAACUAUGAACCAGAUUUGCUUGACAGUCCAUCAAAAUGCAUUUGUUUCUCUGUCUCUCCGCCUGGCUGUCAGAGUAGCAGCGUUUUCUCCCUAUUUUGUGGUCUGAUUUCCAACAGGAACUGCAUUAAAAUGUGGACGAAAGCUGUU